AGGGAUUUCAUUUUGUGUUAAUCUGCGGGGCAGGAGGCAGCCCGGAGAACCGAGGCUUCUGUUCGUGUGAAGGACUCCUACGCGCCUCCAUCGUCUCCUGCUCGCGCGGGAGUGACUUCACCCCAGAAUGAACCUGUUCUGCUUCUCCCUGGAGGGGUCCAUGGACAGCCUGUACGAGGCGGUCCAGGACGGGGACGAGGGGCGGGUCUACACCGUGCCCAGCCGGUCCUGCAGCCGGCCCUGCAGCCCCGCCGUCGCGCUGGACGAGAACGCCAAGUGGCGCGGCUCCGAGCGCUCCAUCUCCGCGGACCUGUCACAAAUCCACGCUACCAAUUCAAAAAAGAAAAAAAGAAAACCUCUUGUACCAAAAUCCAUGUCGGACAAUGAAGUACUAGAUAACACCGACUGUGCUAACGCCUACUGGCAAACUGCCAAAAAGAGAGAGGAUGUGGUCCACAUCAAGAACAGUCAGAAUGAAGAGCUGGGGUUAGAGCUGUUACGGGCCAGUUUCCAGACAGGGGAGGACGGACUGCGCCAACUCAACCCACACAGGAGGGUGGCAGAACAGACCAUUCAGCAGGUAAUGAGCUAUGGAGCCUGGAGCCCCGGCUGGGAGCCACAGAACAGCUGGCAGCAGGACCCGACCCCAGAAGGGGACAGGGAGAGGCCGGAACCCAGGGGAACUCUGCGGAGGGCGCAGAAGUCAGGGCGCUCAAAGAAGGCCGGCCUGGGACAGCGCGACAAGGCCAGCAGCCCCUUCCAGACAAACGGUCACCCCCCGGACCCCAUUUUUGGUGAUGAUGCUGCUGCCGCCUCCUGCAUGGGUCUGCCGAAGAAGGCGGAGAAGAGGCCGAACACCCCCCAGCAGGCCCAGGAGAGCUCCGCCCUCUCCUGCGCCCCCGGCCCCACCCCCAGCCCCACCCCCGGGGCGGCGGAACGAGCCUGGAGCGGGCCCGGGGCGCCCCCCCAAAACCGCCAGCGCUGGAGCACGUCCGGCGAGUGCCCCUCGCCCUGGGGGCGGAGGCGGCGGCGGCGCCUCCUACCACACCUGCCGCCGGCCGCUGAGCGAGUACCGCACCUACGCCUGCGACUACACCCUGCCCCGCGCCCCGGACUGGGACCGGCCCGACAGCGCCCCCUACGGGAGCUCCCGCCACUGCAGCCAACCGCCGGCCCAGCGCGUCGCCCGCUCCGCCACCGACGCGGACCUGGGCGACCUCAACGACUCCCACGCAGCCUCACUCCGAGAAAUAAGACGAUGCUUCAGAGGAAGGGAUCGAACGUCUCGGAUAAAGCCAAGAGCAGCAAGCCAAAGCGCUCCACCAGUUUUGGCCGAUUCGAUGCCUUGAGACAGCACCCAGUCAAGACAGAGGAGAACAGCGGCCAUCUGCCUUCAGAUGGGGAGACCGGAGCAGAGGGCACCGACCCGCAGAAAGCAGGGGGCCUGGGGAAAAAGAUGCGGGCCAUCUCCAUGACCAUGCGCAGGAAGAUGGGCAAGAGGCACGCCAAAGCCUCCUUCUCCGAGGAGCCGGUCCAGGGCGAGGACGACGCUGACAGAGACCACGAGGGAGAAGCGGAAAGCUCGCAGCCUUCGGAGAAAGGGCCGGCAAAGACCAGCAACUCCCGAGAGAGUCUCUACAGCAGCCAGAGCUCCUCCAGUGGGGUCACCAGUGGCUCGGACGGCUCCGGCGCCCGAGACAGCCUCAGGCUGGAGGAGGACGUCCCGUACACGGGCCAGUUCUGUGGCCGCGCCCGCGUCCACACCGACUUCGUCCCGAGCCCGUACGACAGCGACUCCCUCAAACUGAAGGUAGGCGAUAUCAUCGACGUCAUCAGAAAGCCCCCCAUGGGGAUAUGGACGGGGAUGCUCAACAACAAGGUGGGGAGUUUCAAAUUCAUCUACGUCGACGUCAUCAUCGAGGAAGUGGCGGAAGCGCCGAAGAUAAGACCCCACAGACGGAGCAAACGGCCACGCCCCAAAACAUUACAGGAGCUUCUGGAGCGCCUCGAUCUGCAGGAGUACGCCUCGUCGCUGCUCUUAAACGGCUACCAGACGGUGGACGACCUGAGGCACCUGAAGGAGAAGGACCUGAUCGAGCUCAACGUCUGGGACCCGGAACACCGACACCGGCUGCUGGCUGCAGCGGAAUGCCUACAGGCCCCCGAGAACGAGAACGACAACGAGGGGCAGGCCGUUCCACAGUCCGGCUCGGAGAGCCCGAAGGCGGAUCAGAGCGACUGUCCCAGAGACUCCGGCUGCUACGUGACGCCGGAGAGCCCCGACAACAGCAAAGAAGAAGAAACAGAGAGUCAGACGGCGUCGCCCGUCACUUAAGCCAUUCAGUACUUUACUCAAAAACAGACGCAUUUUUAAAAUGUCCAUUUGUACAUACCUUAUGAAAAUCUGAAAUGUGGACUAUUUAAGGACUGCCUAUUUGACAGGCUUCAUCAAUUUCUGGCCUUUGGUCAUGCUUUGGUUUAAUAAUUUUGGUUUGAACUUUCACUUUAAUUCAAUGUUAUUUUUGAGCCUUUUUUUUUUUUUUUUGCUUGUUCCUGGUAUAAUAUUUUAGCAGUGUUGAUUCCUUGAUUGGGUAUCUAUCCAAGCAGAGUCCUGGUCAGACUAUGUGUUCGGGCUGUGUGUUUCAGCUUGACAAGUCAAGAAGAAUGCAUUGGUGAGAUCCAACCAGGAGCCAUCAUGCAUACCCAGAACCCUUAGUCAUGUUGCAUAAUUUGAAGGACUGUCUUUAUUAUGAUGAUAUACCAGGCUGAAUGGUAUCAGAUGGGAGCAGCAUGCUAUACCAAUUAUUUUAUUAUUACUACAUGUGCAUUUAUGUGUUUUCAUUGUAGCUUUUUUUGGGGACCGUGAGAUAAAAAAAAAAUGACAUACACAUGUAGAACUGAAAUCUAAUGAUACAUAGAAAAAUACCUAGGAUUAUCAAUAUUUGUUAUUUUUGUUGCCUUGCCUUUAGUUUGGUUAUCAACAAUUUGUCGGUAACUGUAAGCUAGCUACAUACAAAUCACCUCACUAAACUGCAUUUUUAACCAAAUGCGGUUUGAGGAUGGUGCAAAGUAGCCUAUGUGUGUGGUUUCCCAGACGUCUGUGAGAUUUCAAUUAACCAUGUAUAUAUAGUUGGAACUCUAAGACUGAAAUCUAAUAGACAGUGGAAAAGCAACGGCAUUAUUUCUGUUGGAUCUGGUUUGCCUUCCUUGUACUCGUAUGUAGACAAUGCAGUGUCCUCAUGUCAUCAUGUGUUACUUUUCAAAAUGGAAUAUUUUUCCAAAUAAAAUUGUCACUGUGCA